AUGAUUAUUUUAUCAAAUAUAGGUGGAUUAAACCAUUGGGGAAAUAUUACUAAUACGUUAUGGUCUAUGCCUGGUGAUUUUGAUAUGUUUAACUUUGUUGACAUGUCGUGUAUUCAACAAAUACCACAGGAUAAUCGUUAUGUUUUAUCCGAUCCAGAUUUUGAUGGAUAUACAAGUUGUUUUGUUAUUGAUUUUCAGUAUUUACGGACAAUAGAUCAACAAAUUAUAUUUAAAGAUUAUGGUUUAAAUGAAAUCGUGAUGAAAACUCUUCGACCUAAAAUUUCAUUUAGUGCAUGGUAUUAUAGAGAUAAUAGUCAACAUAUCAGUUAUACGUUACGCGCAACUGUUCACAGUAGAACAAAUGAAAUCAUAGGUCUAUGUGAUAAUGUCGAUACUGGUCUACAAAGGGAAUUUGGAUGGAAUAAAGUUUCAAAUUCGUUUGAAAUUCAAGGAGAUGAAACUUCCUUAAUUCUACACCAUUCCAUAAUGGACUCAAGGUUUUCAUGUUCGAUGACCAAUUUUAAAAUGUCGUGCUCUGUAGUUAAAAUUCCGCUACCAAUAAAAUAUAAAAAUGUUAAUUCUUACAUGUAUAUCUAAAUAUAUUCUAAUGUUUUACAUUUUAAGUUACUUAAAA